CCUGAGGCGUGUGGAGCGGCAGCGGCGGCUGCGCCUGCUCUGGGAUCCUUAGAGCCGCGGGUGGCGGCGAAGGCGGCGGGCACAGGACUCAUGUAAUCAAAGGAGUUUCUUUGUUGUGUGUAUCUUUACAGAACACAACAGGAAUUCAAAAUGAAUCAGAACACUCUUGAGUCUUUGGAAGCCCCGGAAACCCUGGCUGAUGUACCUGAACAUGUGUUUCGAGGGCUUCCUGAGGAAGUGAGGCUUUUUCCAUCUGCUGUUGACAAGACACGGAUUGGUGUCUGGGCUGCAAAAUCAAUUUUAAAAGGGAAAAAGUUUGGCCCAUUUGUUGGUGACAAGAAGAAAAGAUCUCAAGUGAAGAACAAUGUGUACAUGUGGGAGGUAUAUUAUCCGAACUUGGGAUGGAUGUGUGUUGAUGCCACUGAUCCGAAGAAGGGGAAUUGGCUUCGGUAUGUGAACUGGGCCAGAUCAGGAAAGGAACAAAAUCUUUUUCCACUGGAAAUCAACAGGACCAUUUACUAUAAAACUUUGAAGCCAAUUGAGCCGGGCGAGGAGCUGCUAGUGUGGUACAAUGGGGAAGACAACCCGGAGAUAGCAGCUGCUAUAGAGGAAGAGAGAGCCAAUACCCGGAGCAAGCGGAGCUCGCCGAAAGCCAAGAAAGGGAAGAAAAAAUCCCAGGAGGGUAAAAAUAAGGCAAACAAGACCGGAGACAAAGCAAAACUAAAGAAAGGUGAAACUGACUCAACUUCUGCAAACAUGAGGGAUUCUGAAGAAGGGCCUAAAGAGGAAGAAGAGAAGCCUUCAGCUUCAGCAGUGCUCUCUGUAGAACAGACAGCUGUUAUUCAGGAGAUGGUAAAUCAGGAUGCACUUCCCAAAUUAAUAAUCCCCCCUCCUGUCUCUGAGCCUCAAACACUGCCAGAAGGGACACCUGAAGUAGUACACUGUGGAUCAGAUGACUUGGAGGAGGAGGAGGAGGACGACGAAGAAGAGGAAGAAGAAGAGGAAGGUGAAGAGAAUGCUAAUAUACCAAACGAAAGUUUUGAGAGAGAGCCAGAAAUAGAAUGUGGAGAAAAGCAAGGAACAUCAGAAGAACCACGAAAUACAACUGAAGAAAAUCUAGAUGGCUCUCUUGAAGUGAUGCCAGUUGUGAAAAUUCCUAAAACAAAGGGAGAUUCCAAUGGUGAUGUAUUUGAAACAUUCAUGUUUCCUUGUCAGCAUUGUGAAAGAAAGUUUACAACCAAACAAGGACUUGAACGUCACAUGCAUAUCCAUAUAUCUACUGUCAAUCAUGCUUUCAAAUGCAGGUACUGUGGAAAAGCUUUUGGUACCCAGAUUAACAGGAGAAGGCAUGAGAGGCGUCAUGAAGCAGGGCCAAAAAGGAAACCAGUCUUAACACUACAACAGCCUGAUGACCUUGUAGAUGGCCCAGUGUUUGGAGAUGAUAUAAAUCUUAAAGACGAAUCAAAUACUUCCAGUCUUUUGCAAGAUUGCAUGAUUUUGGAUUCAGAGAGAGUUUCCCAAGAAAUUGCAGUUUCUUCUGUUGCAGAAGAGAAUGGAGACCUCAAGGAACUGCAUCCAUGCAAAUACUGUAAAAAGGUUUUUGGAACACAUACAAACAUGCGGAGGCAUCAGCGUAGGGUUCAUGAACGUCAUCUUAUUCCUAAAGGAGUGAGGAGAAAAGGAUUCUUACUUGAAGAACCACAACUUCCAGCAGAGCAGACCCAGCCGACCCAGAAUGUAUAUAUAGCAAGCACAGAGCUAGAAGAAGAAGGAGAAUCAGAUGAUGUCUACAUUAUGGAUAUUUCCAGCAAUAUCUCUGAGAAUUUAAAUUAUUAUAUCGAUGGGAAGAUUCAGUCUAAUAGCAGCACUAGUAAUUGUGACGUGAUUGAAAUGGAGUCUAAUUCUGCAGACUUGUAUGGCCUAAAUUGUUUGCUUACUCCUGUUACAGUGGAAAUUACUCAGAGUAUAAAGACUUCUCAAGUGCAUGUAGCAGAGGAUUUUCCUAAGGACUCCUCUGGUAACACAAAUAGUGAUUCAAAGAAGCGGAGAACCACUAGUCCACCUUUUUUACCUAAAAUAAAGGCAGAAACUGAUUCGGAACCUAUCACACCAUCCUGUUCCUUAAACUUACCUCUCAAUGUAUCCGCUACAGAGACUGUUCCUUAUCACAAAGAGAAAAGUGUCUUUUUGUCUUCUAAGCUCAAACAACUUCUUCAAACACAAGAUAGUAACAAGUUAACAGCAGUUAUAUCUGCAACAGACAUCCCUAAAUUAGGUUCACCUGUAUCAUCGAGUAGGUUUAAGCGAAGAACCAGCUCUCCUCCUAGUUCUCCACAGCAUAGUCCAGCUCUUCGAGAUUUUGGAAAACAGAGUGAGGGCAAAGCAACAUGGAAUGAUCCAGCUAUUAGUUCCAAAAUACCCAAAUUAGAAAGCCACAGCAGUUCCCCUGCCUGGAGUUUAUCUGGGAGGGAAGAGAGAGACACUGUGAGCCCUUCAUGCUUUGAUGAUUACAAAAUGUCAAAAGACUGGGCGACUAGCACCACUUUUGGUAAUGUGUGCAACCAGCAGCCCUUAGAUUUAUCCAGUGGUGUAAAGCAGAAGUCAGAGCUUACAGGAAAGUCUCAGGUCCCUUGGGAAUCUGUAUUAGAUCUUAGUGUGAAUAAGAAAUCCUGUGGUGACAUGGAUAUCAAGGAAUAUAAAGAGAACAGCUCAGUGCAGCCUACCUGUAGCGGCAUAAAAAAGAAGAAGCCAACAACCUGCAUGUUACAGAAGGUUCUUCUCAAUGAAUAUAAUGGUGUAGAUUUAGCCUUGGAAAAAGCUCCAGAUGAAAAUAGGAGCCCAAGUCCUUACAAAUCACUGGAUCCCCAGCCAGAACCUGAUCUUGACCCAGAUUCUAGUUUAUCUGCCCCGAUUGCUCAUUCCUCUCCUUGCACUUCUCCAUCACCUCUACCACAGACUUCUGUGUCCUCUGGUCAGCUGCCUCCUCUCCUGAUCCCAACAAAUCCAUCUUCUCCUCCACCUUGCCCACCUGUAUUAACUGUUGCUACACCUCCCCCACCUCUUCUUCCUACUCUUCCUUUGCCACUUCCAGCUCCAUCUUCCAGUGUUUCUCCUCCUUCAUGUCCCUCACCACUUUCUAAUACCACUACACAAUCACCACUUCCCAUUCUUUCACCGACAGUGUCUCCAUCCGCAUCUCCUGCCCUGUCUGUUGAGCCUCUAAACUCUGCGGCUUCACCUGGUCCGCCUAUACUUUCUUCUUCCUCUCCCUCCUCCUCCUCAUCAUCCUCUUCCUCCUCUUCCUCUCCCUCCUCCUCCUCUUCCUCCUCCUCCUCUUCUUCCUCUUCAUCAUUCUCUUCUUCCUCUUCCCCAUCACCACCACCCCUCUCAGUGGUUUCAUCUGUUGUUUCAUCUGGUGAUAACUUGGAAGCACCUCUCCCUAUAUCUUUCAAACAAGAAGACACGGAGAAUGAGGAUCAGAAACCAAGUGACGAUCCACAGACAUCAGGUGAACAGGAUAUUGUUCAGGAAACAUUCAAUAAAAACUUUAUUUGUAAUGUUUGUGAAUCACCUUUUCUUUCUAUUAAAGAUCUAACCAAACAUUUAACUGUUCAUGCCGAAGAAUGGCCCUUCAAAUGUGAAUUCUGUGUGCAACUGUUUAGGGACAAAACAGGCUUGUCAGAACAUCGUUUUUUGCUUCAUGGAGUUGGGAAUAUAUUUGUGUGUUCGGUGUGUAAAAAAGAAUUUGCCUUUUUGUGCAAUUUACAGCAGCACCAACGAGAUCUCCAUCCAGAUAGGGAAUGUACACACCACGAGUUUGAAAGUGGCACCCUCAGGCCCCAGAAUUUUACAGACCCCACUAAGGCCAAGGCAGACCAUGUUCAUAGUCUACCAGAACAUCCUUUAGAAGCUUCUAAAGAGGAGGAGGAAGAGGAAGAGGUAAAUGAUUCUUCAGAAGAGCUUUAUACUACCAUAAAAAUAAUGGCUUCUGGAGUGAAGGCAAAAGAUCCAGAUGUUCGACUGGGCCUCAAUCAGCAUUACCCAAGCUUUAAACCACCCCCGUUUCAGUAUCAUCACCGGAACCCUAUGGGCAUAGGGGUUACAGCCACAAAUUUUACCACUCACAAUAUCCCACAGACUUUUACUACUGCUAUCCGCUGCACCAAAUGUGGGAAAGGUGUUGACAACAUGCCUGAAUUACACAAACAUAUCUUGGCAUGUGCUUCAGCUAGCGACAAAAAGAGGUACACCCCUAAGAAAAAUCCAGUACCACUGAAACAGACUGUACAACCCAAAAAUGGUGUGUUGGUCAUAGAUAACUCUGGGAAAAAUGCCUUUAGACGUAUGGGGCAACCCAAAAGACUAAAUUUUAGUGUUGAACUCAGCAAAAUGUCCUCUAACAAGCUUAAACUAAGUGCACUGAAGAAGAAAAAUCAGUUAGUCCAUAAAGCAAUCCUGCAAAAAAAUAAAUCUGCCAAGCAAAAAGCAGACUUAAGAAAUAAUGAUUCGGAUUCUCACUCACACAUUUGCCCUUACUGUGAUCGUGAGUUCACUUAUAUUGGAAGCUUGAAUAAACAUGCAGCUUACAGCUGUCCUAAAAAGCCAGUUUCUCCUUCCACCAAGAGAAGUGCUUCUCAUUCAUCUAAGAAAAGUGGAAUCUCAUCACCUGCAAGCAGUGAGAAAAGUGGCAACCAACGAAGACGGACAGCUGAUGCUGAGAUUAAAAUGCAGAGCAUGCAGACCCACUUGGGCAAGACAAGAGCUCGGAGUUCAGGGCCCACCACAAAUCCAUCGCCCUCGCCAUCCUUUAGAGCAAAACAGAAGGUGAAAUUUGUACCUUCAGUGAAGUCCAAAAAAUCAGGCUCUUCUUCUCUGAGGAACUCCAGUCCUGUAAGAAUGGCCAAAAUGUCUCACGUGGAGGGGAAGAAAUCAAAAGCAGUAGCCAAGAACCAUUCUGUUCAUCUCUCCAGCAAAGCAUCCCGGAGCCUGCAUGUGAGGGUCCAGAAAAACAAAGCUGUUCUACAAAGCAAGCCUGCUUUAGCGAGCAAGAAGAAAUCAGAUAGGUUCAGUGUCAAAUGUAGAGAAAGGAGUGGAGGGCCCAUUACUCGAAGCUUGCAGCUGGCAGCCUCUGUAGACCUCACUGAAAGCAAAAAGGAAGAAGGCAGUACAAAGCAGGAGCUCAAGGAUUUCAGUUACAGUCUCCGCUUGACCUCUCGAUGCCCUCUCUCAGCUACGCCUCUCACCAGGCAGUGUAAGAAGGCCCAGGCCCAGGCCCAAGCCCAAGCCCCAGGAGCCCACCUUCAAGGAGCGUUCCUAAAGGAAUAAAUGUCUCUUUGCCGGGAAACAGCUCCUGAGAUGACAUCUGCAUGAGCAAGGCCCACGGGGCCCCAAGGCUGCCAUGCAUGACGCGCUAUUCCUGUCCUUUGGUCCUGAGAGAGAGAGAGAGAGAGAAAAAGACGAGUCUCUGUGUGUGAAUUUCUGUCUUCAGAAAGGAGACCUGAGCCCAAAGGGGACAUGAUAGUCACUUACUCCACUGGGUCCCUUCGAGGGUGAUAUUGGAAUGUCUCCUUUCCCGGGUGGGCUGAAGGGGAAAGACAUCAUGACCCCAUGACGUGUUCUAUGGCAGAAGGUCAUGGCCAGGUUUGGGUCUCUCUUUCUAUGCAAUUUUUUUCCAAGAGUCCCCGACCCUGUCUUUGCAUCUAAAGUCAUCCAUUGCCAUUACCUGGACGGGCUUCAAUCUUAUGGCCAGCUUCCGUCCCAUCCAAGGGGAUCUUCAGGAGAAGGUUCCUGGAUUGAUGCUUCCCACCCUCCAUCCCCCCAGUCCCAGCUUCUCUUUCUCCAAGUUCUGCAGAAAUCCACAGCGGGCAGAGAUGCUUAAGGAGUCUUGGUGAAAUUCUCCUGGUGACCUGAGGCUCCCCCCACCCCUUGGGAGGGGAGAGGAGGAAGAAAGCCUUCUUGCCUAAAAAAAUAGGAUUUGUUGGGUCUUCAUUCAGUCCCUUCUGACUGGGUGGGUAAGACCCCUCUAGAUUUCAAACUCCCAUCAGUGCCUGUGUUGUUGAAUCUGGGUAGAGGAGUCCUCCAGGCCUGGGUGAAUCUUGGAAGGAAGCUGGUCCUUCCCUUCAGGCCUGGCUUCUCCAGGGAAGGCAGAGAAGGUGGGCUGGGAUGCUUUCACCUCUGCUGCUGUCCCCCACUCUGAUGCUGUCAUGGGCAUCUGGAGUGCUUAGGCUCUCAGUUUCAAGUACCAUAUGAACUUGAAAAAAAAAAAGAUUUAGAAGUACAGAAAAAAGGGAGAAAUUUCAAAGUCAGGAACAGCCUGAUGGGGUAGGGGUGGAAGUGGGAGAUCCCUCCACACCUAGGAAAAAUAGAUGAACUAAGAUCAACUAAUUUUGAAUCGGUCCAAUGAAGUUCCCGGGCAUUGUGCCUUUGAAGGCAGGCCAUGUGGAAAGACUCUCUUGGGACCAUUUUGGUGCCGUUAAAUAUUCUUGGCUUGAUAUAUCAAACCCAAAGUUGAAGGACAUUUAUCAAAGUACAAGAAUCUUGACAUGACGUGAUUGGGGGGCGUUGGGUUUUCUUUUGUUUUGUUUUGUUUUAUGUUUUCUUUUUCCUUCUGGGCUACCAUGGUUUAAUCUCCCAACUCUGUAAAUAUGUAUGAAGAUGAUUUUAAGAGCAUGUAUUUAUGUCCCUGACUGUAAAUGCUCCAUUUUUAAAGUUUUAUAACUCGUGUUAUUUAAUUAAUCAACAGCUGCAGUAAAGUGAUGGAGAUGGGUCCAUGAGAAGGGUCUCAUGGAGAUAAAUCCUCAUGUGGGCAGGAAAAAAAAAUCGGAAUCACAGUUUAAUGUCAGAAUUUGUACAUUUCCCACCCAAUGGAAAAGUUUUCUAAGUGGUUAAUAAAAUGGAAGCCUCACUCUCCUCCCCAAAUUAA